AUGGGGAACAAGUUGUCCGUGAAAAUACGUCAGCGGGUAAGGACUUUCAAAGUCAAUAUUGAGGAGUGCUUUGACUUGUGUAACUCGCUUGUUCCAGCCAACUAUGACUAUCGUUUAAAAUACCCUCAGGACAAGCGAUACCACGAGUUAGACGAGGAAGCUCGGGUGUGGUGGGUAUACCUCGAUGAAGCCGCAGCUUUUGACAAUGAUAUGGUUGGGGAGCUUGGUGAUAGCCUUGACAUCUUGCUUGUUUUUGCAGGUCUUUUUUCGGCCGUCCUGACUACUUUCGUUGCACAAACCUCCCAGUCGUUAUCUCAAGACUACUCGCAACUUUCAUCGUCAUAUCUGAGCGAGCUCACUGCAUUGAUGCGGACUGGUUCAAACAUGACUGCACUUUCUAAUGUUCCCACAACCAACACAUCCUUCUCUCCAGCAAUUAGUGAUUUGUGGGUCAAUGGACUCUGGUUCACUAGUCUCUCGAUUGCACUCACCGUGGCACUUUUUGCAGUACUUGCAAAGCAAUGGCUCCGACAGUACAUGUCAAUUAUCACAGGUACUCCUCGUCAACGAGUAUUUAUCCGUCAAUUUCGCCUUGAUGGGCUCAUAAAAUGGCGUGUUCAGACCAUUAUUGGUCUUUUGCCUGUUCUCCUUCAUAUUUCUCUUAUUCUAUUUCUUGCGGGUCUUGUCAUUUUCCUU